ACUCUGGAAAGUAUGCGCAGUAUCCUUCAACACCUUCAACUGUAUAUGACGGGGGAAAUGUAGAAAUAUAUAAGAUUAAUUGGUACUAGAAGAAAUUUCAAAUGGUUACCCAGUUGGCCAGAAGUUCAUUGGGACCCAUUAGGUAUACACCAUGUAAGAAUGUAAUAGCUAAUCCUUACCAUGUAAUUAACCAAUAUAUAUUUUGUCUUGAAAGGUGUUAUGAGAUUUCCAUUGUAUACAUACAGGACUUUUGUUGUAAAUACUCCUCUCGGAAAGUCUUGAACAAUUCCGAACCAUGCUCAGCCUCUCACAGCCACAGGAACCUAUGACACUUGACGCACGGCGAAGUCUCUUGGUUGCCCACUACCGAAAGAGAAUAAUGAGAUCCAACAGAAAUUAUGCCCAUACUAAUUCCCAUGAUUUCAUUAAUACAAGCAUGUGAUUUUGAUCCUGACUUCAGAUACUAACUUCAAAUCUUGGAUGAUCGUUUACUACCACCUCUCGGCUACACACUCUUCAUUUCAUACAAGCUUUAUCUAUAAAGAUAUUAUUCUCCUCAAUCUUAUAACGGGAUGCCAAUAGCGAUAAAUGCACCCUCUAUCAUAGCAAUACUAUCUCCUCUUCAACUUAGAAUUGAUAAGAAUUUGUUUUACAAAGUAUUCGCAUUCGCAUGCAAGUGCCUCUUACGGG